UAAGAAUAAACUCAAAAUGCAUUACGGACCACUUGUCACCAAGAUUUUACUCUCAUUUAUGCUGUCCACCAGUGUGCUAUUCAGAUAUGGCAACUGGUUUCGACACCACAUCAUUGUCACAUUGGUUGUCCAACUAGCAUGGUUUUUCAGCUUCUUAAUUAUAUUUGCUUUACCACUUGAUGUGAUCUCUACUGUAUUUAGGCAAUGUGUUGAGGAGAAUGUACAUUUAAAUGCAACAAUUGAUCCUAAUUCCACAACUCCAACACCAAUCACCUGCGAAGAACCAUGGAGUAAUGUCCCAGAGAGCAUUUUCCCAAACCUCUGGAGGACAGUUUACUGGACAAUGCAAUGUUUAACAUGGCUAUUCAUGCCAAUGAUGCAAUCUUAUAUAAAGGCCGGCGACUUUACCAUAAAGGGAAAGUUGAAAUCGGCGCUGAUCGAUAACGCCAUUUACUACGGAUCGUAUUUGUUCAUCUGUGGUAUUUUAUUGAUUUAUUUGGCAACUAGACCUGGUAUUGAUAUAUUUGAAUGGUCAAAAUUGAAGGCCAUCGCUUCAUCAGCCAGUAACACCUGGGGUUUAUUUUUGCUGGUUCUUUUACUUGGUUAUGCGUUGGUUGCUGUGCCACGUAAUUUAUGGAACAACUCUAAUCAAUCGUAUGUUUUAAAUCACGCCUAUUUUAAAGCGGCGAAAUUAAGCGCCGAUAAAGCCGAAGCCGAAGAAAUUGUUGAUGAUGUUUUAGAGUCUUUACAGGCUAUUUCCUUGGCAGUGAGACCAGGUCAUGCUCUGCAUCAGAAUUUGGAAACUAUAAUUCAGAAGGUACCAAGCGAGCUCAAGGAUCGAAUGAACAGGCGCCAGUUGCCCGAUGAUACUCCCACAGAUUCUCCUGGAGAAAAGACGUUGAUUCGUUUACAUAAACAGGUUAUAAAAUCUCUGCAAGUAUUACAACGUACCGAAACGCAAUGGAGUAUCCUCGUCGAGAAAAUCUUUGCCCUGGAAGAUACCUUGAAGAAUUUGAAUUCGCGCGAUCGUGUCUACAAACGUACCUUCGACAAACCAAAAACUGUCGUCGGUAGGAUCUUCUACAGCUCUACCAUCGAAUGGUAUUGGAAGUGUGUAUUUGCUAGUUACAUGAAGAAAAUGCUGUCAGUCUUGGCUGGUAUCCUCUCCGUUGCCGUCGUUUGGUCCGAGGUGACGUUCUUCAACAAGCAGCCGGUCCUAUCGAUCUUCGCCUACAUUGUAAAUGUGGCCAAAAUCAAUUACGACUAUUCAACGAUUGAACUUAUGUCCACGCUCGUGAUCUUAUAUCUAUGCUACUGUGCCUAUUCGACAGUGCUGAAGAUCAGAGUUCUGAAUUUGUACUACCUAGCACCUCACCAUCAAACCAACGAGUACAGUUUGAUCUUUUCCGGGAUGAUGUUGAGUAGAUUGACGCCUCCGCUUUGUUUAAAUUUCCUGGGCCUCAUCCACAUGGAUAGCCACAUCAUCAAGAAGCAAGUCUUGGAAACGCAUUACACGCAGAUCAUGGGUCACAUGGACGUAAUUAAAAUUAUAUCCGAUGGUUUUAAUAUAUACUUUCCGAUGGCCAUACUGUUCUUCUGCGUUGCCACCUACUUCAGCCUCGGAGCGAGGUUGCUGUCCGCAGUCGGAUUCCAUCAGUUCAUCGGUGACGAUGAAAUUACAACGGAUCUGGUGAACGAAGGAAGAGAUCUCAUUAAGAGAGAAAAACGCAAAAGGCAACGAGCUGAAGAAGCGAUGAUGAGGAGGCGGGAAUUCCACGAGAGGUUCCCGCCCAGCGGUCGACUAAGGACCAGAGGGAGCACCGAUACAAGUAAGGUUCGCACCGUGCGCAAUGACGAUACGCAAGAAUCGACGUUGCUGCCCGGUCGUAAUCUGGAUUACGAAGGAACCAGAGAAGAGGUGGACACCAGAUUCCCACCAGACUUAGCCGACGAUAUAGACGCGAGAUUCGGGGUGAGCACCAGGAAUAUCAUCAAUGAGCGGUACGACAGCUCCAACGAGUUGGAAUUCUCUGACGGCUAUCAGCUGGACACGAACUACCGCAACAGGGUCGGCAUCCCUCCUAGAGGAAUCUUCGAUGAUGUCUAAUAAUAAACACGUAGUUAGAGAGCGUAA